AUGAACACAUUAACACAAAUACACCACAGCGUCAGGAUCAUGGUGCGGUGGAGUCCGCGGCCAGAAACCUAGUAUCUCUGUUACUCAACACCAUGGCUUCAAAUGCUUCUCCAAGUUCAGCAGUGUUGGGACAGCAUGAGACCAGAAAUGUAACAGUACAGCAAGAAAUGUCACGAGCUUUUCCAGGAUAUUUCAAAUCAAACUUCAACCGUGGUAAAAAGAGGCUCUUACUUUCCACCAAGCAGCUUGCUAAAACAACUAGUAAGAUCGUCGCCCUGAAUUUUUAUCUGCUGCAAAAAAACACAUCCCAUACUCCAAUGCCAGCUGAGGAGCUUGAACUCCUUCAAGCUGGCAUGGGACGGCAAACGGUGUCCCUUCCAGAUGACGGUGACCAUGCAGAGAUCUCAAGACUACUGACAGAAACAUUUCCAAAAAUGGAAAAUCUUUGUGGAGGAUGGCUCUUACAUAAAGCAACCGGUGGCAGUGGUCGACGAAAACUGACAAUAAUUCCUCCAGAAGCAGAAGGAUAUUCUGUUAAAGCUCUGAAAGCUGUGUCAGCAGGUGGCAAAGCUUCUCCUGCUAGUGUCUUAAAAGUGGUGUUCAUUGGUGAGGCGGGCAUUGAUACAGGUGCACUUAAGAAGGAGUUUUUGACUGAUAUGAUUUCAGGUAUUGAACGCAGAUUCUUUGAGGGACCUGGGAACCAAGGUAAAAACCCCAGGUACUCUCUAUCAGACCUUGACAAUGAAAAUUUCAGAACUAUCGGUGAAAUCAUGUCUGUCAGUCUUGCUCAAGGUGGUCCGGCUCCAGCUUUUUUUAAAGAGUGGGGUUACAAUUUCCUCUGCACUGGGGAAGUGGAUUUCAGCUCUCUUUCAACAGACGAUGUGGCAGAUCACGAAUCUUCCACACUCAUCAGCAGGGUUGAAAAUGCAGCAGAUACACAGACUCUGCUUCUGUGGGCUGAUGAAAUUAUAAGCUGUGGAUAUACCAGCAAGAUCACACAUGAUAGAAAAGAAAGCAUCAUUCGGGCUAUUGUCCUCCACUCCACAACGAGACUGAUUCCAAUGCUGCAACAACUGAGAAAGGGUAUGGAACUGUAUGGUCUCCUGAACUUGAUGUCUACAAACCGGGAAGCUUGCCAUGGUCUCUUUGUUCCUGGGAAGAUCAUCAAACCAGAUGCUGAUUUCAUGAUGAUGAACUGCAAGCCACAAUUCAGUGAGAAGGGAACAUCAAAGGAGAGGACAGAGAGGAAGAUCAUAAACUUUUUGCAAGAUUACUUGCAGGAGCUUGACAUCAGAGAUGGUGAAGGAGAAUCAGCAGGUGAGGAGGUGGAUUCCCUUAAAGUCCAUCAUGUGCUCCAGUGGAUGACGGGGCAGUCCCACAUUCCCAUACUGCCAGAUGAAAAGAGACAUUUCAAAAUAACAUGUAACUUUGACCAUCAAUGCCAACAGCGACUUGGAGAUCACAUCAUCUGUUACCCAGUUGUGAGUGCAUGCACUCAUACUGUCACUUUUCCAGUACAACAUUUAAACACGUAUGAUGACUUUAGAAAACUCAUGAGUGAAGCAGUUAGAUAUGGUGGAGGAUUCCACAGAGUUUAGUUACAAACAAGGUUUUGAUGAAAAAUUAAUUAAGGCUUUUCCUAAACAGCUGCUGUUGGAAUAUGUUCAAAGCUGUUUUAAAAAGACAAAAGAAAAGAGUUAUUUGUUAGCACUUUAUUUUACAUUUUUUUCAGCACUUUGAAGUGUCCUUACUUUAUUCUCUUGAGUGUAUCAAGUGAAAAAAAUAUUAAUUUUGACCCCCAUCUUGGUUGGGAUUUUAGUUUAAACUGUAUUAAUAAUCAAACUGCCCAAAGGAAAAAAAAACAGUUUUGAUGUAUUUUAGGUUUCAUAUUGAUUGCACCUGUUUCAGAAGUGUACAAGUUUGUUUUUAUUCCUUUGUAGUACCUGUAAAAAUACAAACUAUCGUGUUGAUGUUUCCAUUGGCAACGUCACAACAGUUGUUCCUGUUAGUAGAACAUCCUACUGAAACCUAACAAUGUACAGUACCAUGCUUUUAUGGGUUUAGGUCAUCAAGAGUAU